CACUGACAUCAACUAGGUGAUGUAGAGUGAUGUAGGGGCAUUAGACAAUCACAAUACUUUCCAACUAAUUAAUUUUGACAUUACAAAAAACAACUAUGUAAACAAGAAGAGUAGUACAUGGGAAGUCUAUAGAUUUAUAACAUUUCAUGUUUUGUUUGUUUCUAUAUCUUAAGGGAAAAGAACCAGCGUUUAUCUUCUGUGACUACGUAUGGUGAAAUGUUGGAUAAGUACACGGAAAUUAAACAUGGAUGGGAGUCAAUGGACUAAAAUCUGAUUAAACUCGUGGACAUGGACAUCUCAGACAGUGAAUGUUUGCGUUGAUUCGCUGUGUGACGGCCAUCGUUUUAUAAUGACGGACCCAGAGAAUCGCCAACAGCUAGGAGACGCUCCUACAUCACACCAUGAUAGUGAGGAGAAACUGCAGCAAAACAUCGAAAUUGAAGCUUUGGUAAAAGAAAAUGGGGAAUCCGACGACAACUGUACCAGAAUUGAAAAUGAUAGGCAUUCUCCAUCAUCGUUGAAGGACGUUGAAGAUACUGAAGCCGACCAUGGCCGGAACAUCAUCUCUCGAAUGCAAAACUACACUGAUAUGCCAAAUAUAAAUGACAACAAAAUUAUUAUUGUGGAGUCCAAGGAUAUCACUGUUCAUAAUACACCUGUUAACCACGUGAAGAGUUCAAAGGAGCGUUCUACAAACCAUGGAAGCAAACCAGAGCAACAUGAUGAUCCACAACCGGGAUCAAGCUCAAGUCACGGAGAUAACAGACAGCUGUCGUCCAUUGAUUCUACGAUAUACACAGAACCGGAAACAGAACAGGAACUGGAACCGGAACAGACAACCACCAAAAAAGAGACAGAGUACAUAGAGGAAACAUGGGAACAUUCCAAAGCGAGGCGCUAUCGCAGACGAGCAAUAUUUUGCACGGAUAUGUACAAUAAUAUGGGUGAUAUGGCGCACGAAAAAGAGCUUUCUGAGGCUCUCAAUCACAUGAAGGAACGAUGGAAUCGACGGGCUAAACUGGACAGGAAAUUGUCAGAUCUAGUGCAAUCGAAUGAGACUGAUCCAACAAUGACAAAUGGAGAUGUGUCAGUGGAGGAAAAUAUCAAACAAGAACUUAAACAGCGACAGAAAAAACUUAACAUGAAAGAUGUGUACAAAGAAUUACGGCUAAUGCGACAAGUAGUAGCAGCUUGUGUGAGAACAGACUCGUCAGUAGUGAAAGAACGACAAAAAGACAAAAGCAUUUCGAUAACAUCACCUACUGAACACGACAAAGAGGACAAAGGGGAAAGUGCAAACUCAGAAAACGAAACUGCGACAGAGGAGAAACCAGAUGCUAAUGAAAAUGACGAAUCUGUUAAUUCGUCGUCAGAAAUGGAGGCGACACAAACAGAUGAAAAUACUGAAAAUUGUGUGGAGACGGACGCUUCCAGCAGCAAGGAUCAAGAUGAGAUAACAGCUGUUCACCAGUUAUCCAACACAGACAUAGGACAGGACGGUGACACAGAGAACUCGGACAACGACACCACGGAAGGACAUAAUAAUGACUCGUGUGAAGAUGAAGAAAAUGAGCAAAUGGCGGAUUCAGACGACGAAAAAGUUGCACUUGAUAAAACUGUUGAAGAAUUCGAUUUAGGAACGGAAAGCGAUGUGGGAAAUGGAAGAAGAAGCACAGAACCAACUAAUACGACGGCGGAAACAUGUGAGAAGUCGACAAGUGAAACAUAUGAGCUGUCGGCUGAAAGGUCGACGGAAAGAUCAUUACUUAUGAACAAUCACAACGAGUGCAGGGAUACAGUACCGUCACGUCUGAGUUACCAAACUGCCGAGACACCUGACGAGGAAACAUUCUCACGGAAAGAUAGCACGUCCUCCAUGGACUGGGCCAGCACCUACUCUAACAUGAAUGAUGUAAUUCUCCAUGUGGAUGAUUAUAAGGGAGAUUCGGUGGUUGGAUGUGUAGUUUACACGGAGACAGAUAGCCCGGACCCAGCACGCUGUAUUCUCGUCUGCCCAGCUGAUGUUCCUUCAGCGGUCAACAUCUACGAAAAUGUCGUCGGCAAUAUCCUUCAUAUAGACCCCCGGCUGAUUCAAGGCGGCGACGAAGGCGAUAAUGAGAUAACUGUAGCGAUUCCGUUCGUGAAGGAUGAGAUGCAGUACUAUCAAGAACCCGUGCUGCGCGUGCUUGACUCUCGGGAUCGAUGGAGCGACUUUCCGUGCCGAGAAACAUUGUACCAGCGAGACGAUGACUCGAACCUGUUUGUAUUGAUGGCUAAGUUUACUGGACCAACUACAUGUGUUGUGGUUGCCAUGCCAAUCGUGGAUGACAUUGUUUUCACCGACAGGAUGACGAGGUUCCACUCAACUGUUGACAGCGAGAUUAUCCUUACGUGUCCAGUCAGUGCUAGGAUCAACUCUAAAAAUGUUCAUGUCGAGCUGAAGGUUCUGCCUGUGGUACCGAGUAUAUUAGAAGAGACAAAGUCGUCGUUUGACACAGACAGACAGAAACUGUACAAUGCCGGGGCUAUUGUAACCCUGAAGUUUUACGACGACCACCCUCAGACGAUCUACAUGCACCUACCGUGUGCUCGCCCUCCCGUUCCCUCCAGGCCUAUGACGGGCAGUAAGCGUGUGUCUUCAUGCCUUGGCACUCCCGACUCUGGCUACAGAUCAACGUCUAGGGGAGGUCAGAUGAGCAGGAAAGGCUCAACCUUCGGCAAAUUUGUGGAACCUAGCCAAGAAAAGGAAUGUCACCUAAUCCGGUUUGCGUCGUGUAUGGCCACAAAAGUUAAGACGUUGACCUCUGAUGACGUAACAGUUGAUGACCAAGCAGUAUUCUCUGUGCACGAGAAAUCCAGCACCUCGGUUGUCCUUGAAGUCACAGAGGAGUUACCGUCGAAAGUGAUACAAGAUAUAGUCCCUCGCCUUCUGACCAACAUCGAAUAUCAAAAUGUACAAAUAUGUUUGGCUCACAACAAAAAGUGCCUAAACGAACUAGCCCUGUCUUGUGACCGGGCAAAGAACGUUAACUCCCGUCAAAUGAUGCGACUAGAGGCCGAAAAUGUUGUUAGAACGAAGGCCGUAAAACUGAAGGAAGGCGAUACACUGUGUCUAUGCUUUCGUGGCAAUAUUUCAUCGAUUUCUAAACAUCGCACCAUAUUUCGUUACUAUGGCAUCCAUGGCAUCCAUACGGCCUGGACGAUAGAUGUAGUGGAUAGAUACUGCCAGAGGUCGCUGUCAUCGUUCUGUGGUUUUCUCCAAAUGUUUGUGUGGAAAUCUAAACAGCCUUUUGAUUGCCAGCGUAUUGACUUGGAUAACAAAUCAUUGUGGAACCUUGUCACUGAAAUGCCUAUCUCUCUUCCAAAGACUGUGCUCAAAUUUUCAACCAAAUUAGUACGCGCUCCCGUGACUGUGAGAACUGAAGGAACCAUAACACCAGAGUUUCUCGAAAACCUUGCACUGGCGAUAGGAGAGGGAUGGUUAAGUCUAGCGAACUGCCUGAACAUCGACCACCCGCGAAUACAGUCGAUCAAACAACAACAUAAGGGAAAACACAAAGAGCUGGCUAGAGACAUCCUCAUGACAUGGUUCAAACGGUCGCUGUUCGUAAAAGAAAAGACAUCCGCCCUGAUAAUGGCCCUACGUAACUGCGGCAGAGACGACUUGGCAGAUGCCUUGAGGGACAGCAGUAAACGAUAUAGGCGGGAACAGGCCAGACAUACAAGAGAUAACAAGAUGGAGACUGUGAUUUUAUCGGUCUGUAAGAGUAGUCAGGUAGUGUCCAGGUGGAAAGACAUUGCGAGUAUGCUGGACAUGGAUGAAUCCGAAAUUCAGACAAUUAAUGCUGAGAACACAGACGAAGUGUCGAAGUGUCGUGGGAUGUUGUCGCUAUGGAAACAGAAGCAAAAUGGUUAUGGGAUCCGCAAACUCGUUAAAUGUCUUAAGCAUCUUGGGCUGGAUCAUAUUGCAGAUCAUCUCACAUCCAUGAUGACGAAAACACCUUCAUGACGUAAGAUUCGACACGGCACGGUAUAGAGGGGGACAUUGGAGACGUAUCGGAUGAAGUAUGACACAUGCUUGAAGAUUUAACAAACUGUUAAUGAUAAUUGUUUGCUGAGAGACAUAUAAAUUUAAACUAAUAUCCGUCAAUUAUACCACAUAGGAGUGGAAGAUUAGUUUCAGUUGAUACUAAAUGGUCCCUAUUUUCAAUAAUUAAAACACAGAUACAUGAAUAGUUACAUGUAUUAACGUCAUACAUCUUCCGUCUUUAAACAUCAAGAAUGUGGAUGUCCAUGGAUGCACGAUAUUCAAGUGAAACUGAUAUGAUAUGACAUAUUCAACAAAUGUGAUGCUUAUUUCAAGCUUUGUACCACAUGAUACACGUGUGCAAUAUAGUUACAAUUGUUUGGAAUUUAUUGGCUGAAAACAAUCAAAAUGACGCGCGCCGAAAUGUCGCUUUGCAUUGCAUUCUACAAUAUCUUAUACAGUAAAUAUCUAUAUUUUUGUCUUUGUUUCCCGCUAAAGCAGCAUAAAAAUAGUUCAUAUAUUUGCAUGCAUAAUAGUUCACCACAAUGUAUAGAUUACGGCUGAUUUUCUCAGAAAUUCGCGGAGUACAGGAUCAUGCGUUCUCGGUCAAUAUUGUGUUCUGUGAUUCUAAUUGUGAUAAUAUCUCGGAUGGACCUCAUUAACAUGCAAUAAUGAUUGUUUAUUUUUGUAAAUAAUGUGAAAAUGUAAAUCCAAAGAUAAAUACAGAUUAUGA